GAUCUCAAUCUGGCCGUCAUGUGAGUGCAUGGCAUGCUCUCAGAGUGAUUUAGCUUAAAUUGCUUACCACAUGUGUCACGCGGUUUCAUUCAAAUUACAGACAGUCCAUGUCUCUUGUCACAUGCGCAUAGCCCUUUUAUCAAAAUCGAAUCUGAUCAAGACCGGGUGCUACUCCUAGUUGGUUGAGUUAUUUUCCCAACAAAUAGUAGCUCGCUGUCCUAGAACUCCACUUCCACUCGACAAAGCGCAGGCACGAUGGACGGCGAGGGGUGUGGGUGGCAUGUGGUGAUGGUGCCGUUCCCGGCGCAGGGGCACGUUGCCCCGCUGAUGCAGCUGGCGCGUCUCCUCCACGCCCGCGGCGCGCGCAUCACCUUCGUCCACACGCACUUCAACUACCGCCGCCUCCUCCGCGCCAAGGGCGAGGCCGCCGUCCGCCCGCCGCCCGCCGCCGCCGCCCGCUUCCGCGUCGAGGUCAUCGACGACGGCACGUCCCUCUCCGUGCCGCAGCACGACGUGGCGGCCCUCGCCGACGCCGUGGGCCGCAACUGCCCCGGCCCCUUCCGCGGCCUGCUGAGGAAGCUCGCCGACGAGGAGCGCGCCGGGGCGCCCCCCGUCACGUGCGUCGUCGCCGACACGGCCAUGGCGUUCGCGGCAACCGCGGCCAGGGAGGCCGGCGUGGCGGACGCGCUCUUCUUCACGGCGUCCGCGUGCGGCCUCCUGGGGUACUCGCAGUUCGAAGAGCUGCUCAAGCGAGGGCUCCUCCCUCUCGAAGAUGGGAGCUGCUUGACCAACGGAUAUUUGGACACGCCGCUGGACUGGGUGCCGGGGAUGCAGCAGCACAUGCGGCUCAGGGAUAUGCCGACCUUCUGCCGCAUCACGGACGCCAACGACACCAUGGUGAGCGAGAUCAUGGGGCAGAUGAAGAGCGCCGCCGGCUCCAAGGCCAUCAUCCUCAACACCUUCUACGAGCUCGAGAGCGAUGUGGUGGACGCGCUCGCCACCAUCUUCCCGCCGCCCGUGUACACCGUCGGCCCGCUAGCCCAGGUCAUCGCCUCCUCCUCCGCCGCCGCCAACGACGGCCUCGACGCCAUGGACAUCAGCAUCUGGCAGGAGGACGCGCGGUGCCUCGCAUGGCUCGACGGCAAGCCAGACAAGUCGGUGGUCUAUGUCAACUUUGGCAGCGUCGCCGUCAUGACGGCCGAGCAGACGCGCGAGUUCGCGCUGGGCCUGGCGACGUGCGGGUUCCCGUUCCUGUGGGUGAAGCGACCCGACAUCGUGGACGGCGACGACGUGGCGGCGCUCCCGGAGGUGUUCCGCGACGAGCUGGAGCGCGGCGGGGGCCUCGUCGUGCCGUGGUGCCCGCAGCCGGCGGUGCUGAAGCACGCGGCGGCGGGCCUGUUCGUGACGCACUGUGGGUGGAACUCGCUUCUGGAGUCGGUGGUGGCCGGCUUGCCGGUUCUCGCCUGGCCGGUCUUCGCCGAGCAAACGACCAACUGCAGGCAGGUGCUUGAGUGCUGGCGGAACGGCUUGGAUCUUCCAGAGGAGGUGGAGAGCGGCGCCGUGUCGAGGCUGGUGAGGGAGAUGAUGGCCGGGGAGCUGGGGAAGGAGAAAAGGGCCAAAGCGGCGGAGUGGAGAGCCGCGGCCGAGGCGGCCGCCAUGGAAGGCGGCUCGUCGUUGCGCAGCGUCGACCGACUGGUCAACGAUGUGCUGCUGCUCGGGAACAAGUGAGACUGCAUCCAUUGCUCACUUGUGUUACCACUGUUAUUCCUGUUACUUGAGUAGAGCAUCUACAGAAAUCCGACCCUCCGAUAUUUCAAAUUAGAAAUCCCGAAUACAUAUUAUUACAUGCAACGAUAGACCAAUCUUUAAGCAGAUCUGGUCCGAGAUGUUCAUGUCUGGCGGCCGGCUAUGAUCCCCGGAGUGUU